AUACUCCACCAUCACCCUCUUUUUUUCGGCCGGACCUAAUACAAAACAGAAGGAAAUGGACGGACAAGACUCAAUCCUGGGACAUACAAGGGAAAAGACAACGAUCAACGGAAGAAGAAGGAGACAGAGAAGAAAGAAGAAAACAGCUCAGAGAGAAGAGAG